AUGCCAGCACUUCCCGGCUUCUCAGACAACCCCCUCCAAACCCGACAAGACGUCCUCAAUGCCUCACUCUCCCUAUUAAAACCGCUAAAUCAAUAUAAAUCCCCCUGCGGAGCACGAAUCAAGUUACCGACCGCAACAGGAACUGGAUUCGAUGAGAUCGCUGCGCAGAUGGAAGGGUUCGCUAGACCGUUGUGGGUUGUUGCCGAUUUGCUCGCUCUUGAAUCUGGAACUGAACCAAGAUCAGGCUCAGAAAUCCCGAAUAUGACAGAAGAUAAUAGGGGAUUGCUUCUGAGUCAAUGCCAGGAUUUAGAUUUGGGCACCUGGAUAAGAGGUCUUAUAUCAGGUGUUGAUCCCGAGAGCGAAGGGUAUUGGGGCGAUGUGAAAGAUCACGAUCAGAGGAUGGUGGAGAUGGAACCUAUUGCCUACGCUCUUCUCACAGCACCAGGAGCUUUUUUCAAUUCCUUCUCAUCGGACGAGAAACGGAAACUCACAAUGUAUUUAAGAAGUAUCAAUUCCCGCCAUGUUCCGCCGUCGAAUUGGCGCUGGUUCCGGGUCCUUGUUAAUCUUGCACUUGUUAAAGUGUGUGGUGUACCCUAUGAAGAGGUCAAGAAGGUAUUGCAAGAUGAUCUCGACCUCCUCGAUACCUUUUAUCUUGGCGAGGGUUGGAGUUGUGAUGGGUUGUGGUCUGGGGAUAAGAAACAGGUUGAUUAUUACUCGGGGAGUUUCGCUAUACAGUAUAGUCAGCUUGCAUAUGUGAGAUUUGCUGGUGAUAUCGACCCUACGAGAUGCGAAAAGUACUGUGUUCAAGCAAGGGAAUUUGCAAAGGCAUUUUGGAGGUUUUUUGAUACUGAGGGUUUGUCUUUUCCUUUGUUUGUGGUGGUUUGAACCUAACGAUUUCCAGGAGCUGCGAUACCUUUUGGGAGAAGCUUGACAUAUCGAUUUGCAUUUGCUGCGUUCUGGUCUGCUGUUGUUGUUGCGGGUGUCUCACUCCCACCGCCGUUAGACGAGUUGGGAGUGGUGAAAGGCUUGCUGCUUCGUCAUCUACGUUGGUGGGCGCAGCAGAAGGAUAUUUUCAAUACCGAUGGAACGCUUAAUAUUGGAUAUACAUAUGCGAAUAUGUAUAUGAGCGAAGAUUAUAACUCGCCUCAAUCAGUAUACUGGUGUUUCAAAACAUUUUCUAUUCUGAGAUUAAGCGAGGAUCACCCCUUUUGGGCCUGCGAGGAGCUGCCUCAUCCACUUGCUCAAAGAUCAAAUUCGACAGCGCAUUCAGCCAAAGAGGAGCGCUAGAAGAGAAUUUGUCGAGUUGUAGAGAUGUAUAUGUUGUUGCACCUGCGAUGCAAAUUGUGUGUUCGUCCCCAGAACAUCACUUCCUCCUAUCAGCCGGCCAGUUCACAAAGAAGGCCCAUAAAGCGCGCGAGGCGAAGUACAGCAAGUUCGCCUACUCGUCUACCUUCGCCUCCAGUGUGCCAGUUGGCAAUCUUCUUACUAGUAUGGCGCCUGAUUCCACUUUAUCAGCCAGCAACGACGAUGGGGAGACAUGGAAAACUCGCUGGGAACCACUGGACGCGAGAAUUCAAUUGAUGAGACAAUUUCUGGAGGGUGAAAAUUCUGAUGAGAAUCUUUUGCCAACCCUGAUAAGUUCUUGGAAACCUUGGAGACGAUCUGAGCUGAAAAUAACGACGACUCUUAUCCCUCCCUCAUCUCGGUGGCCAGGAUGGCACAUACGAGUUCAUAAGUUGAGCUUGCCUUGUUCUCAGAAGUUGGAUGAGCUGCAAAUUGUUGAUGCUGGGUUUGCAAUUCCUUGUGUGGAUACUCGAGGUGCCUUUAUUGACGAGCUAAAGACUAAUCCAUGUUUACAAAAUCUUGGUGAUGAUGAUUCCCUUGAGGGAACGUGGAGAGAUGAUUCCAGCUGUCUGAUAUUAUCGGGUGCAGGAGCAAGUGGGGUGUGUUAUUUGAUGACGGGCCCUAUUCCAGGGUUGACACACAGAGUGGUUGGUUCUCUUCUAAAGCCUGAUGCGAAUACCAACUUGAUGGCUCAGCGGACUGUGAUCCCGACGAUACACCAUUGUUUUGAGCUUAGUACUGAUGAUAAGGUGGGGAAUAAUGAAAGUUAUGGACCUGAUAUGGAAGUGUGGUUUGUAACGGGUGUUUUCGCUGUUGUUGAGAAGCUGGGGAUUGAUUACGAAGGGGUGAGGGGGGUGUGGAGAGCAAAGCCACAAUUUGAACUGGCAGAUUAUUUGGCUGCGCUUAAUAGUCAAAACUGA